AUUUGACUGCAGGUGGCGCGCUGGAAAUAUACAACAGAGAACGUAAAUUAUAUUAUAUUUAAUUUACAUUCGCUGACAAUAAAAUUUAUUCCAUAUAUAUAGAUAAUUUUUAUAUAAAAGUUUCACGUUCGUUAAAAGAACGUUGUCAUUAACAUAAAAACUUGGAAAGAAAAAAAUAAAUUUCUACUUUACGUUUUCGUUGACAGCGACAUCCACCGCAGAAAUUACCGCUAACAUUUAUGUGACGUCAACAUAACCUUAUGAUUGUAGCGAAAUUUCUCACGCAACCAUUGUUAAUACGGUGAAACGUAAAAAUUGUCAACAAAUUGUAGAAAAUGAUAAACAAACAACUGCCAUAUACUUAUAUAUGCGUUGAAUAAAUAAUAAUAAUAUUGUAUUUAAUUUGUUGAGGAGUAUAUUUUAACUAAAAAACGGAGACACUAUUUAUUGAGCAUGACUGCCCAUCGUGCAUUGGAAGACUCGGAUAUGGCAUUAAUUGAACGUGUGAGAAUGACACCUUCGCUGUACGAUCAUAGAAACCUAGAUUUUCGUCUCGCCUAUCGUAAAGAGCAGGAAUGGGAAGUAGUUGGUGCCAUGGUAGGGAUGACAGCAACCGAGGCAAGAAGACGUUGGACUUGUCUGCGUGAUCGGUAUUCACGCGAACUCAAACAAUUGCGUUUGCAUCCGGAGAAGAAUGAGUAUGGUAAUAGUCCCUUUUUUCGCCAAAUGGAUUUUCUACGCAAAUUUGUGCGAAAGCGAAGGAAUCGUCGACGCAAUGGAUUUAUUGAAUAUGAAAAUCAAAGUGCUGAAGAACAAAAGGUAAACAAAGGUGAACAAAAUAUACAUAAAAACGAGGAAGAAGACGACUACAAUUUAGAAAACUAUGAUGAACAAUCAGAAACUUACGACGGUAAAAUCGAUGAAAACACCAUGGAAUCAGAUUACCCUGAAUUUGUUGACGUGGACGCAGGUGAAGAUGUUUAUGAGGAGUGUGUGGAAACACCUAUUACUGAAGCAAAUGUAAAACCACAAACAUUUAAUCACACCAGUAUCGAAGUCAAUUCAAAACAAAUGACUGCCCCGAUUAUAUCAACAGCUGCGCUGCCUCACAAUACAAACCGUGCAAUGAACACAUUUUCUAAAAAUCAAUUACAACAGCAAAUGGUGAUUAACACAGGUCCAACUGCUGUGUCGCAAGCAACUCAAUAUAAGCAAACGCGUAAUUUAUAUAGUAACUCACAAACACGACCUCAACAACCACAUUUCCAAAACCAGUCCGACACCAAUGUGUAUUCGAAUGUGACAGUUCCGGAAACGGAAGAUGAUCUUUUUGGUAAAUCUAUAGCCGUAUACUUAAAGCAAUUAUCCCGUCGUCACAAAAUUAAAGCACAAGUCGAAAUGUUUCAAAUACUGGAAAAGUAUAUUGAACUAGAAGAGAGUGCAAAAGUCCGAAUAUCAGUAAAAGCAACAAAUAUUAACAAUGGCUAGAAGCCAUUAUCUAGUUGCAUUUUUUUUGUUUGAUCGAAUGCGAAAUAUAUAUGCGUGUACACUUUCAUUGAAAACAGGCACUCUGGUAAAGUUUCGUUUUUGAACUUAGUUAUCUAAUAUUCUUUGCAUAUUUAAGUUGAAUUAAGUGAAUUUAUUAGUAAAUAGAUUAAGACUAUGUUGUAUAUGAUAUAAAAAAAAUAUACAUAUUUUUACUUCCAAGUAGACGUAUACUUCAGUGAAAACCUGUAACAUUUAUGUCAGGUCUCUGCCAAGCGUUUGGCAAUGGUACUUUAUAAAUAUAAUUUAAUGCCGCCACGAAAGAUAUUUUUAUGAGUAAUAUUAAAGCUUUAUUAUAAAAGUUAUUUAUGAAUAAAUAAUAAAUAAAAAUCAAUUUGAUAAUUAA